AUGGCAGACUACGACAGCGAUUCCUCGCAGGAGGAAUUCACCGAGACCAAUGUUCUACUCGGAUACGCCACGAGCGAUGCUGACGAAGAUACCAUCAGUCGCCUGGGCGGACGCCCCGAAUGGCUGAACCCAGAGAAACCCGCCUCCGCAGCCCUUGCGCGCUGCAAGGUCUGUAACGACAUCAUGGUCCAGCUUCUCCAGCUCAACGGCGAGCUGCCCGAAAAGUUCCCCGGCCACGAGCGCCGCCUCUACGUCUUCGCCUGCCGCAAGCCCACCUGCCGCCGCAAACAGGGCAGCAUCCGCGCCAUCAGGGGCGUCAGGAUAUCAAAGGAUGCACCCGCCAUCGCCGCCAAGAAGGCCGCCCCCGCUCAGAAGGAGGCCCCGCGGAAGGAGGAAGAAGAGCCCAAGAAGGAGGCCGGCCCGGGCCUCGGCAGCGCGCUGUUUGGCGGAAGCGCCGGUGGCUCUGCCGGAGCGAACCCCUUCGCCAGCAGCGCGAACCCCUUCAGCACGGGCUCGUCCAGCAGCAGCCCGUUCAGCACCGCCGCGCCGGCGUCCAACCCCUUCUCCAAGCCCGCCGAGACGAAGAAGCCCGCAGACGCGGCCGCAGACGACCUCCCCAAGACCUUCGCCGAGACGCUCUCCCUGAACAACCCGCAAACGCCGUCGGGCCCGCCGCCGGCCCCGGAGCCCUGGCCCGAGGCCGCCGCGCAGCCGAAGCCGUACCGCCUGUCGUACCUCGCGGACGCGGAGUUCGAGACGCUCGACCCGGAGCCGGCGGCGAUCCCGCAGAACGCGCGGAUGGAGGUCGACACGGACGGGCCGGGCGGCAGCAGCGGCGCGAUGGACACCAAGGACGUGUUCGAGUCGUCGAUGGACGCGGUGUUCCAGAAGUUCGCGGACCGCAUGGCGCAGAACCCGGAGCAGGCGAUCCGGUACGAGUUCGGCGGCGCCCCGCUGCUGUACUCCAAGGCGGACGCCGUGGGGAAGGCGCUGACGGCGAGCGGGGGCCGGAUGCCGCGGUGCGGGAACUGCGGCGCGGGCAGGGUGUUUGAGGUGCAGAUGACGCCGAACGCGAUCGCGGAGCUGGAGGCGGAGGAGGUCUCGCUGGAGGGCAUGGAUUGGGGUACCGUUAUUGUCGGGGUGUGCGAGGCGGAUUGUCAGGAGAGGGGGGUUGAGGCGGGCGAGGCGGGGUAUCUUGAGGAGUGGUGUGGUGUGCAGUGGGAGGAGCUCGCGAAGCGAUGA